GCGUGCAAGGAAUAACGAACAUCCUCAUAUGUAAGACUAAAAAGACCACUGCAGUUGUUAUGCUUUCAGAAUAGGUGUUCACCAGCCACCUGAUUUAGAAGUAUGAAAUUUGACGAACUCCUGGAGGAAAUCGGGGAAUUUGGUCCCUACCAAAAGCGGAUAUACUUCCUGGUGUGCUUAACUGCCAUAGUUGGGGCUUACCAGGCGAUGUCACCUGUCUUUUUCUUGGAGAUAACUAAUUAUAGAUGCAAAAUUCCAUUUCUUGGGAAUGACACCUAUGCAGUUCAGGAUGACCAUCACGAGCAGCUCAUUGAAAUGUUUAUCCCCAAAGUCGGAGACUCCUAUUCCAAGUGCACUCUGAACGACGUCCACAACAACAGUUCUCGUGGUGAUGGUAACAACACCCAGUACACCUGUGAUGCCUGGGUAUACGACAAAUCGGUUAUACAAUCCUCAGGUCCUACAGAUUUUAACAUGGUCUGCGAGAAUGAGAUUCUACGUUCCCACAGCAACAUGAUCGACUUUGCAGGGGCAAUGGUUGGGGCCCUUGUCUGUGGACGUUUAGGGGACAUGUUCGGAAGAAAGAAAGUGUUGAUUUGGACUGUCGUAAUGAACUCUGUAGUCAACGUUGCCAUUGCCCUGACCACAGACUUUGUAGUAUUCGCUGUGCUCAACUUCAUGAUUGGAUUUACUGGCAUGGCAAUGUUUAUGCUAACAUUUGUCCUAGCAAUGGAAUUUGUUGGACCUUCUAGGAGGACAUUUGCCGGGGUGGUGGUCGAAUACUUCUGGACCGUGGGGUUGUUCCUACUUACAGGGCUGGCAUAUCUCAUCCGGCAGUGGCGACAUCUUCGAUUGGCUUUGGGCAUACCUCCAAUCCUGUUUGUGACAUAUUGGUGGUUUAUACCAGAGUCACCAAGAUGGCUCAUGUCUCGUGGGCGCACAGAAGAAGCUAAAACCAUAAUACAGAAGAUUGCAACGUCCAACAAAGCAACUUUGAGUGAAACUAUAAUGUCCGACCUCUCGUUUGAGGAAGACGUCCAACAAACACGGCUGUGGAGAAUAUUUUCAAGUCCAGUUCUUCUACUGAGAUCUGCCAUCGUGUUCUUCAACUGGUUUGCCAUCAACAUCGUCUACUACGGCCUAAGCCUCAAUGUGGGCAACCUGAGCGGUGAUAUCUAUCUCAACUUCUUCAUAUCCAGCCUGAUGGAACUACUUGGAAUUAUAUUGUGCCAUGUUCUAAUGAAUAAAGUUGGCAGGAAGACAGUGCUCUGUUCCUCCAUGGUCCUCGGAGGCUUAACGUGCAUAUCUUCUUUGUUCCCGCUGAUUUAUGGCAACUCUUCAACAGGAUGGAUUCUGAUAGCAAUCACCAUGGCUGGUAAACUUGGAGCGACUACAGCGUUUACUGUCAUCUACAUCUUCUCUGCGGAGCUGUUUCCUACAACGUUGCGACAGUCCGCUAUGGGGUCCUGUUCCUUGUUUGAAGGGGUGGCUGGCAUGGUUGCACCAUACAUUGCUGACCUGGGCAUCCUCACCAAAGGACCUCUACAAGAAGUUUUGCCACUUUUAGUGUUUGGUUCCCUCUCAAUAGCGGCUGGAAUGAUGGCCAUCAUGUUACCGGAAACACGUGACAAACAGAUACCAGAAACAUUAGCUGAUGCCAUCUCGUUUGGAAAACCUUCGCCACGUCAAGAUCAAUAUUCUGAGGUGCAAACGAAUUAAGCAAUUCAGUUAUGAGACAUUACCAUGCCAAGGCAUUUCUAGAAAACCAACAUGAUAGUAGGUUGUAGAUUAAUAUAUAUAUAUAUAUUUAUUUAUCCAAGAAACCUUUGUGAAUAACAUGAAUAACUUAUAUGAAGUCCCUGUGUGGCAGUUGGUGUAAAAUAAUUCCCAAACACUAAGACAUAUAUUAUGAAUGAUUAUCUCUGCAUACGGGAAAUUCGACCAGUCUUCACCUGAUAUAUUAAAUACUGUAACCCCUCUACUCCCUUUUUUAUAU